AUGGUCUUGAUCAACAGUAGUCUUCUCUGCGUUUCGUGGCGGGAAGAGGAAGCUCAUACUGGACCUUUAGCGCUUGUAAGUACUUGCUUGACUCUUGUAUUUGUUGUUGAGGUUGUAAUGAAAAUCAUUGCAUUUACUCCACGAGGAUAUUGGCAGUCGAGAAGAAAUAGAUACGAUCUUUUAGUUACAGUACUUGGAGUCAUUUGGAUAUUUAUUAAUUCCACUUUACAUAACAAUUUAUCGUAUACUGUUGGUUUCAUAGUUGUGGUCCUGAGGUUUUUCACUAUCACUGGGAAACACGCAACCCUCAAAAUGCUAAUGCUUACUGUCGGUGUAUCAGUGUGUAAAAGUUUUUUCAUAAUAUUUGGAAUGUUUCUUUUAGUUUUUUUCUAUGCUUUGGCUGGUACUAUUUUAUUUGGUACUGUGAAGUAUGGUGAAGGUAUCGGCAGGAGAGCGAAUUUCGAAUCGCCUGUUACUGGUGUGGCAAUGCUGUUCCGAAUAGUGACUGGUGAAGAUUGGAACAAAAUAAUGCAUGAUUGUAUGAUACAACCUCCUCACUGUACACCAGCGGACAACUACUGGGAGACUGACUGCGGAAAUACUGUUGCAUCUUUGAUUUACUUCUGCUCAUUUUAUGUCAUAAUCACUUACAUAGUUCUCAACUUACUUGUGGCUAUAAUCAUGGAGAAUUUUUCAUUAUUCUAUUCAAAUGAAGAAGAUGCCUUACUUUCUUAUGCUGACAUCAGAAACUUUCAGAAUACUUGGAAUGUGGUUGAUAUCCAUCAAAGGGGUGUUAUACCAGUAAGGAGAGUUAGAUUCAUACUGAGGCUACUGAGAGGGCGGUUGGAAGUAGAUCCGCAAAAGGAUAGACUUUUAUUUAAACAUAUGUGCUAUGAACUUGAAAGGCUUCAUAAUGGAGAAGAUGUUACUUUCCACGACGUCUUAAAUAUGCUCUCCUAUCGAUCUGUGGACAUUCGUAAAGCACUUCAGUUGGAGGAAUUACUUGCAAGAGAGGAAUUUGAAUAUAUAAUUGAAGAAGAAGUAGCUAAGCAAACUAUUAGGACUUGGCUUGAGGGAUGUCUUAAGAAGAUUAGAGCUACCAGCGGGAAGCAACAGAACAGCCUGAUUGCUGGGUUGAGAGCGACAAAUGAAAUGAAUGUACAGCAAGAUUUACAAGAAGAUAAAAAGGAAAAAGAAAACAUUGAAAGGGAAAUUGAAGCUGAAACAAAAGAAUCUGAAUUAAGACAAAGGGCAAAACCAAAACAAACCACUGCAAUACCAAGAUCUGACAGUGUAGGAAGUACCGGUAGAAAAUUUCUUGCCCCUACUCUUUCUGAUCCAUCUACUCGUGGUGAAAAAGAAAGGCCUAACUCGAAGAAAAGGAACAAUAGGACACCAGUUGAAGGAGAAAUGACUAGGGCUCAGACAAGAGAAAGUAUCAAUAAUAAAGUGAAUUCUACAAAAAUCUGUAAUGUUACUCUCGAGGUGAAGGAAUGGUGGCAUGAACAGUUGUGUAUUUAUUCAGACACCAGUGAGGAAGAUUGUUUGUAG